AUUAUUAGAUUUUGUAAAGUUUUUUUUCAGCUCUAUAGAAGGUAUUUACAGAUAUUUCUUAGCACGUUGACUUUUCUAUAAUUGAGUUGAUAACAAUUUUCAGAGACAGCUUGAGGAAAUUUAACAUGAGGGGCUGAGAAUCGCGCUUAGUGAUGUAGGAGGGCCCACCACGGUUGGGGCCGACGCGAAAGAAAAUUUUUUAAACCAUACCUUCUAAAUAGCUAGAAAAGCAUCUCCCAGACCAAGUUUAACAAAAUACUAUACCGUUCAGGAUAGACAUUUCUCAGAAGAACACUGAUUAUUGUUCUGGGAGAAAUUGGGAAGGGUCACGCUUAAAUUCUAGUGACGUCGGGGAAAGAAAGAGAAGGUGUUUUCUAUUCAAGAGCAAGCGGUUUUUUCCUGAAACCAUAUCGGAUUAAAAAAAGUAAGGAUGUAUCUAAGAACAUAUUAGGGCUCAAAACGAAAAUUUCUUAAAAAAAUAAAGGCUGAGCAAAAACUAUUGCAGUCUAAUAAUAAAGAGUGUAGUCAUUGCUUCUCUCUAAAUUACAUGCAAAAGCACUUCUUUAUAGACCUCUUUAACGGUGGAAAUUGAAACGAGGCUAAGGCCGCAAGAAGAACUCUACUUUUCGGCAUGGCGUCAACAUCAACAGAUCACAGCCACUGUUGUGUUCCUCAAUUUGUUUCCGAUGCUAGAUACGGCCCAGAGAGACAGCUAUCGUUUCAUACUUUUCCAAAAGACAAGGAAGCCAAGUCAGUCUGGAUAAACAAGAUAAGGCGUGAUCCUGGAUGUCAUUUCAAGAUAACAGCGAAAGCAAAAGUUUGCUCAAAGCAUUUCAAGAAAGAUCUUAUCAGAAAAACACCAAACGGAAAACGAUUGCUAAUGAAGAAUGCUGUUCCUACUUUCUUUGAAUGGAACAAUUUUUUAGAGCCAACAAACAGAAGACCACCUUUAGUCAGGGGAAAUUUGAAUGGGAAUUGUGAUAACCAUGCAAAAGAGGAUGGUGUACAGCCAGUACUACCUCCCGUUGACAAUUUUCAUGAUUACCACCUUGGCAAUGAUGUGAUCCCUUUAGAAGAGAAGCUAAGAAAAGCAGAAGAACACAUAUCAAAGCUAGAGGCUACUAUAAGUCAUCUGGAAACAUACAAGUUUGGAACAUCAAGUCUAAAGUCAAGCCCAAAUGAAAUAAAAUUUUAUUCUGGUUUUGAAAACUAUGAUAUGUUGAAAGUCACCUUUGAAGCACUCCAGCCAACUGCUGAGAAAAUGGUUUUCUGGUCCCAGUAUCAGAGAAACAAAGGGUGUGUUAAGAAGUUCAAAGAUACCAGUUUUAAAAGUAAAAUUCCACUGUUUGAGCAGUUCUUUCUGUUCACUUGUUUUCUAAAAGGUGGGUUAAUGGCAACUGACAUUUCUUUCAGAGCAAAAAUAUCAGCAUCAACAACCAGCAGAAUGCUCAUAACAUGGGCAAAUUAUUUGUACUUUGUCUUGGGAAGUUUACCUAUAUGGCCAGCAAGGGAAGCAGUGGAUAAACAUAUGCCAGAUUCUUUCAAGCAUUGCUUUUCACGGUGCAGGGUUAUCAUUGACUGCACAGAAAUCAAAUGCCAGACACCAACAGCAAAUGUCUUGAAUUCAAUGUUUUAUUCCCAGUACAAAAGCCACACCACCAUGAAGGGACUUAUUGGUAUUGCACCCUUUGGUGCUGUGACUUUUGUCAGCGAAUUGUAUACUGGACUCAUAUCUGAUAAAGAAAUUACAAAAAGAUCUGGGAUUUUAUCCCUGUUAGAGGAAAGUGAUUCUGUGAUGAUAGAUAAAGGCUUUGUGAUUGCAGAUUUGCUGAAACCACUGAAAGUCAGUUAUGAUUUGCCACCGUUUCUUACAUCAAACAGAGCCCAGUUUGAGGUAGCUGAAGUUCAAGAAACUCAAAACAUUGCAAGGGCCAGAAUUCAUGUAGAAAGGGCAAUUAGAAGAAUUAAAGAAAACCAUAUAUUUGACAGAAUUAUACCUUUAAACAUGGCAGGGACAGUUAAUCAAUUAUGGACAGUUUCCUUCUUGUUAUCAAACUUUAAAGGACCUUUGUUUUAAUAAUUUUUAAAAAAGUCAUAAACAGUUACUUUUUAAAUCUUGUUCUUGAUGAUAGCAGGCAAAAAGUAAGUAAAAUAAAAUGUGUCCACUUUGUCUUUCAUACUUUGGAAACAUUUUUAUCAAACUUUAUCCUUUCCAGGUGCAUAUCUUCCUUACAAUAUACCAUAAAGUCACACCAUUUUGCACCAGUAAUCCCCAUUUGACCUUGUAUCUGGUGAAAGUACAUAUGAUUGGUCUUUAGCGUAUAGCCUUGAUUCUUGAGCUGUAAAUAUGGCAAUUCAAUGUAAGAAUUGGCCUGAGGGCAUUUAAUUUCCAGUAGUCCAAAUCUUUCAGCCAAAAUCAUUUUGCUGUCAAAUACUCGUCGAUCAGGGGAGCAUGAAAGAUAAGGUGCAGUAGGAUUGAUAACAAUGCCUACACUAUAAACAUUAUUACCAGUCAAUUUGGCAUAAGCUUUUGAGGCCUAAUUUUCAUACUUGAGACCAUACAGCAUGGCAGCAGUGGUCACACAUCUUCCAUUAAGAAAAUUAUCUGCUAGUUUGUGAAAGUCUUUUUUCCGGCAACAAAUCUGUUUAAAACUUUUUGACGUUGUUAGCCUGUAUUUUCGUAGCCGCUUCCAAUCUUCAGACAAUGACUGAUCUCAAGUCAUUUCUUCAUAUUUGACACAUAGUUCUUCAGAUACAGCAAACCCUUCAAAACAUUCAAUUUCAGCUGCUGACAAUGCUGUUGCAAACUUUCUGGUUAUGUCUGGCAGUUGAAAUGGUGGGCACUGAAGCACUUCUUUGUUUGGAAUCAAGUUUACAGAAUUCACUACUUGAUUCUGAUUUGCCAGCGUAGAUCCUUUGUAAACUGAUCUAUAAGCUGAAUCAAUUUUAACAUGAUUUGAAAAGCUAACUGGUAGUACCUUAAAAAUUUGCAGCUGAUUCUCAAAUUUGUAAAGAUUUGCUCUUAAGUCAGCAGAAGAACUUGAAGCUGUUUCACAUAAUCCUUGUCUAAUGGGAUUAUAUAUCUUUGGUUUUCUUUUUUUCCCUGAAAUUGCAAUUUCCGAUAGAUUUCUUUUCCUGGCUGACAACUUUGCAUUUUUGUCAAGUGGGCUCUGCACCAUUAAGGACUUUACUGGUUGAGGAAAUAUACCAUUAGUUCUGGAUGGAACAUGCCAUUGCUGUGAGACUGAAGUACAUGUAACAACUGGUGGUACAAUUUUGUAACCAGCAGACUUGAAAUGAGCAAGUGUAUACAGCAAUGCAACAAUGUGGUUACAAAUCCCCUUGUCAGCAACACAAGAACACUGUCUGGAAACUAGUUGGGUAGUUGCUGAACAACUUGAAAGCACAACCUACAAGGGAAAAUUAAGUCUAGCUAAUUAGCUAGUUAAUACGCAUUUGAUUGCAUUUGUUUCGCCUAUUAGGCUAUAUUAUCUGUUAUAAUUGUGAACAGCAAAACACAUUUGACACUUCAAUCCAGCAGCCUUUUACAAAAUAAUAUGCUAGUUUUGAUAAUUAUCUUACCUUUAGUUGAUGUGGACUCUCGUUCUUUUUCAUUGACCGGUAACAAGUACCUCGAAUUAUGCAUUCGCUGCCAUCCUUCCUCAUAAACUCAAGAUGCUCCCAAUCAAUGAAACCCCCAAUGUAGAAAUUCCAGCCCUUCCUUUCGUGACUUUUUGGCAACUUAGCAUCACUUCGGCAGAAAGCUUCUACCCAGCCAAAAGUCACAUCUGGAACAUCGCUUAAUAGUUUUGUCCAAGGCCUUUGCGACCGACCGGUUCAGUUCUAUUUCCGCCAUCAGUAAAACAGAGAAUCUUGCGGCUUUAGCCUCGUUUUCGUACCUAAUGGCUGCCGCGUGAAAGUGGUCUAUUGACGUCGUACUUUUACGCAAAUUAAUUUUAUUUCUUUCCCUUUUUGUCUUUUGGCCUUGUUCCCAGCUACAGUUAAAAACAAAACCCAGAAUUUCAUUUUUUGUGUCUAUGCUAUCAUCAUGUCACUAAAUGUGCAAUUGGACUAAUAGAGGUUCAAAAAUUAGUUAGUUCGGUUUCAAAGUCUAUAUUUCUUAUCAGUCUUGUACUGGUUGCAUAGACAAGCCAAGGCCAAGCUGGAGGGCUUUUAUGUAGGUUUAUGUUCCAAGAAGGUUUUAUGUGGAACCCAUCAUAAAUAGAUUUUCAAGUUUGUCCAACCUUUUUAUUAUUUGUUGAAGAAAAUAUUCAGCGCAGAAAUGACUGUUCUUGUACUAACUUUCUGUGGUCGACAAAAUUAGGGAAAUUCUCGCACGAAAAUGUACAUAGCGGCACAAACUCAUGCCAUCAGAAAAUACAAGUGAACCAACAGAAAAAGGACAGUAUGCAACUGAUAAGAACUCAAGUUUCUACUACAAAUUAUUAAGUCAAAAUGAGUAAGUAUUUGGAGUUAUUAAAAUUAUUGUCAAACAACAUACCAACAUGCGCCUUAAACAAUUUUAUUAGUGAAACUCAUGAAAGUCAAUUCAACAUGCGCGAUUUUAGGGAGUGCCCGCAGUAUAAACUCUAUUCCUCUACCUCAGUAACAUUAUGUUCCUGCUAAAAACAUAUUUAUUGCACAAAGUUUUGUCUUUAUUCCAGCGCAGCUCUCUUCGCUAUCCCUGCCACAGCAGCUCUUGUUGUUAAAAAAACUGACACAGUCAGACAUGGUCUUACACGUGGGUGGAUUAAUACAUGAAUGAACUUAUGCAUAUGGGGCCCAAAUUCAAAGAUACAAGAAGGUGAGUCUAUAAAUGACUGGACUUCAAUACGGACAAACAUAUCGACUGGCGGGCUCACAAAUGACUGUUCCUGGCAAAUCUAGACUAAUUUUUUACUCUAGAACUGUAAAAUACACGAUUAAGACACAUUUGGUACAAACUCUUUACUACAAUGAUUUUUGCUACAGCCUCCUAAAAAUAACAGGUGCUCAGUAUAUUUGGAGCUACACAUAUCUGUAUCUGUCUAUAACUAUACUCUUCUUUUAUACGAAUAUUGCUGAAAUAAUAUCCAGGCUCUGUAUCACCCAGGGGAAUAA